CUAAACUGCCCCGGUUGUGUCCGGGUAAGAUGGCGUUGGAAGAGCAGUGCUCGGCACCACCUCGAUGGCAGGCCAUAUCAGUGACACACGUAGAGUUUCCCGAGGGGGAUCUCACGGGAAAACUGUUGGCCUACAUCAGUCUCCUACCCGUAGCUAUUCUUGUGGGCUUUGUCACUCUCAUAGUGUUUAAACGGGAACUGCACACGAUUUCCUUCUUCACUGGAGUCCUUCUAAAUGAAGGAGUGAACUGGGUGCUCAAGCACAUUCUCAGAGAGCCGCGCCCUUGUGCAGGAGCUCAUACAACAGUUUAUGCCGAGUACGGCAUGCCCUCGAAUCAUUCCCAGCUUAUCUGGUUCUUCGUUGUUUACUUCUUUCUUUUUCUUUAUUUAAGGAUGCACCAGACAAACAAUGCUCGAUGUGUGGACCUGUUGUGGAGGCACGUCCUGUCCAUCGUCCUGCUGGGCAUGGCGUCGUCCGUCUCAUACAGCAGGGUCUACUUGUUGUACCACACCUGGAGUCAGGUUUUCUAUGGGGCAGUGACUGGCAGCACAAUGGCCAUUAUCUGGUUCUUUUUCACACAAGAGGUGCUGACACCUUUAUUCCCCAAAAUUGCAGCAUGGCCAAUAUCAGAGUACUUCCUGGUGCGAGACACAAGCUUGAUUCCCAACAUCUUAUGGUUUGAGUAUACAGUGACCAGAUCAGAGGCCAGAAACAGACAACGAAAGCUUGGAACAAAACUUCAGUGAUCUGCAGAGCACUUUGUGAAACCUCAGUUCAGGCCCACACUUCGCGCGCACACACACACACACACAAAGACAUUCUCAUACGCUCACACAAACAGAAGCUAAAUCAACAACAAAAAAACACUGGAGAAUCAUCUUUUGGACUGACUUGGUUGCAAGGAAUGUUGGGAAAAGAAAAAAGAAAAGAAACGUACUCCAGGUAGAGAGAGAUCCCGGAGCCUGCAGCCUGAGCACGUCCGUCCACAUGCCUUCCCCUCUUGUACAACUUGCCCAAAAAGCUCUUCAGUGCAUGCAAGACUGUGCAAGAGGCAUACUAUUUAAUGAUAGAUUAAUAUAUAUUUUAACUAUAAACGCACGCUGACAGUAACUGUUUACUGUAAAAGAUUCGAAGAACUAAAAUGGAGGCUUAGAUCAAGUUACAAGCAUAUUGAUGAGCGUCAUAACAGCAUGUAUUUAGUCAUUUUCUUUUCUUUUUUUCCCCCUUUUUUUUGUACUUUUAAAUUGGAUAACGGGUGAGUAAGUGGGGAGGGGUGGCUGGCUACAGCUCUAUUGGUAGUUUUUGGAAUUAACCAUUUUUCAUUCUUCUACAUUAGAAAAUGAGCAAUUUCUAAAAAUUGGUCAUGUAAUAUAAGUGAAAAUUUGCACUUUGUGAAAUUUGCAAGUUAAGGACUAACACUAGUUACAUGUUAAGAUUUUUCCCUUCUUUUCCCUCAAGUCUUUGCUUUGUGUCUUUGACUCGGUCCUAAUAUUAGGCUCCAAAGCUGAUCUGCAGGCACUGUAAAUCUUAACGUACCUUCUGUAAUCUUGAUUACCACAGAUGUAGUUUCUGUUUGCAUUUCUUUGAGGGUUGUGAGACUGAAUCGCAGCAGCGAGUUUUGAGUUAUUCUUGGUGUUAAAGCUACUUUGGAGUGAGAAGGUGUUUUGUUUUUCUUUUCUCGGUAUUGCCUCAUAUACAGUAGCAACCUGGGAACAAAGUUCUGGGGGUCGGCUUUCUUUGUUUUGGUUUUUUAAAUAUUCAAUUUCUUGUCUUCUCUGCUGCUGCAGAAACGUUUUCUUUUUAUCUGCAUUUCCAAAAUAACAUUCCUUAUCACCUAGUGUUUAAUCAUAACAGAUGAUGGGGGGGGGACAUGUUUUGUAUUUAGUUUUUUUUUGAAGAAAGAUUUAAAAACACGCCUCAGGUCAGUUGUAGCAUGUGAUUAUGCUUUUUCCUCGCAGCCUACGGCAGCUAAUGUUGAAAGCUGUCAAGUGGGGAUCUGAAGCUGAUUAAAACGGUCAUAUUGUUAGCUUCACAAAGGGAAGUAGUUCUCUUAGAAUUUUUUUUCAUGUGUAACCUCUAUCAGGCUGAAUAAAAAUGUGUUUAUGUACAAGA